UGGGUGGCAGUGAUCAUGCAGGAUACGGCGUCUGCAAUGGAACGUUCGUGUCCUGUAUACUCGAGAUUUGAUUACGACGAAAAGCUGCUAGAACGAGUGAUCCGAAAUGAGUUCGCACUGAAAGACACGCUCGACAAAAUAACGGAAACGAACUCAAAAGUUCAGGAAAUGUUGAAACAAAUCGAAAAGGACUAUGCAAAAUUGAACCAAGCCUUACACGCGCUGGAAGAAAAGGGCCGAGCUCUUCAAGAUAAAGUUGGCUAUUUCUUGGACGAUGGGGCCCAGAAUGCGUCUGUAACUGUUGCCGAAAUGAAAACUGCUGUUUAAGCACUAAUUGAGCAGACUGCGAAGGAACUGGUUGUCAUGAAAGAAAAAAGUGCGAUACCACAAGUAAGGUUUCACGCUCGACUUUCCGAUGGUCAUCGCUCAUACACUACCAACCAAGACGUUGUGUACAGCACAGUCCUGAUCAACGAUGGUGGAGGCUAUAGCCCUACCACUGGGCAUUUCACAGCGCCCGUUGCGGGAGUGUACAUGUUUACGGUUCAGUACUGUCCUUAUUCGAACAAAUAUGCCUACCUUGAAAUUGUCCAUGCAGGCAGAGAUUUACAGAGAUCCAUGCACAAUGGUCAAGAAGGUGCGACUUCAGUUUGCGUCAGCAUGCAGGCCUUCACUAAGGUUGCGAUGGGAGACAAGGUCUGGGUGCGGGCUAUAUCUUCUAGUGAGAUCUAUCAUUUUGGCUCCAGCAGAUGGAACAGCUUUGCUGGGCUGUUGAUUAGCCUAUAAAUAAAUCCACAUUUUAAGCAUGACAAUAUGUCCGGCGUAUGUAAAAUAAUAAAUUCAGCUCUUUUCAUAUGAGAUAAAUCACGAUGUUAUGAAAUAAACUUUUUGAAUUGUAUUUUAUACUAUGUAUUGACCGUUAACAAAACAUAAUAAGUUGUAACAUAUACCUAAUCCGAGUG